AUGCCCCAACUAAACCCAAAUCCCUGACUUUUUAUCAUGCUCAUUUCAUGGUUCACUUUCGCCAUGAUCAUCCAACCAAAAAUCCUAACAUUCGUAUCCGCCAACCCACCAUCUAAAAAAGCACCAACCACCCCAAACACCACUCCCUGAAACUGACCAUGAACCUAA